AUGAAGAGUGAUUCGGCUGAUCGCCUGGAAGAUUUCGUUAUUGAUCGACUAGGAGACGAUUCACCAGAAGAGUCUAACCGACAAACACAGCUGAGUGCAAAGGAGCCUACGGCAAGUUUUGUUCCGUCUGCACAGAGAUUCAGUGACAAGUUGGGUAGCGGGGCCGCUGAUCGCCCAGCUAAACGACAACGGGUGGACAACCGCAUCGGUCCUUCUCAGUCCUCGCUGCCCAAUAUCGAUCGCCGUUUAGUGUUCUCUUUUCUCAAUCCUAACACAAUUGAAGAUGUUUUGCAGACAUACUUCGAGCAUAUACACCCUUGGAUCCCUCUCGUACACGAGACCAGCUUGCGUCGGCGUCUUCUCGACACAAAACACAGAUCAAAGCUUGACGUGUUGGUGCGAGCCAUGAUUUUAGUGUCCGCGAGAUAUAUACAACGGCACGAGGCCGUAUCCGAGAUCUCCCUGGCUGAUCUGACAACAGAGCAAGCCAGGAGUCUGAUCAUUUCGACUUCGAUGGAUUGCUUAAGCGUUGAAAACCUCCAGGCACUCGUAAUAUGUGUGUUUAAUGAUGUGAGGCUUUUCCAUUCCAAUUGGAAACGGGUGGGGGUUGAAGAUGACGAGUGUCGAGGCCAUACGUCGAUUUCAAAGCCGUUUAUAUCCAUCUCCCCUCCGGAAAGCUGGGUCGAGGCGGAGGAGCGACGCCGUGUGUUCUGGAACGUGUUCAACAUUGACCGGUUUUGCUCCGUGACAAUGGGCUGGAACACAAGCCUCACCUCGGAUGAUGUGCACCGUCGCCUCCCUUGCGAUGGAGUCUAUUGGAGAAGAGAUAAACCCAAUGUUACAGCCUUUUUGGGCAUCUGGGACAAGUCAGCAGGGCGGAUGGGAAACCCCAUCGCCUUUCCUCCGGCCCAUUACGUGUCUUCGCAAGGUACAGGGACCAAUGACGCGUCUGAAUCGAGUCCGAACAACGCCAGCGGCUCUAUUUUAUUACCGGAAGAUCUCACGAUGCAGGCAAUUGGGGCAUUCGCCUACCGCAUCGAAGCAACCGAGUCGCUGAGCCGCGUUACGACUUACUUCCUACAGCAAAAGGUCGAUAUGCAACGUCCAGAGAACGUCACUGGCUGGCUCACACGGUUCAAGGAACUCGACCUGCGCCUUGUGCAUUGGAAGAUGCUGCUUCCAAAGAAGUGGAACGUCGCCAACCCUACCUACACUACUGUCGGGCCCCACGACGCGGCCUAUCAGAAUGCCACACCUAGUAGCAGUGGAGAAGCGACAGGACUUGAGGCCAAUGCCAAACGCCAAACAGUAGUGAUGGAUCCAAAUCUCACACUGGCACACAUUACCCAUAAUGCUUCCAUGAUUCUCUUACAUCAACCUAUCGCGUUUCCACCCCACGACUGGACUUUUCGCAGCCGCCUGCCCAGCAGUUGCUCUGCAGAGACCUGUCAGCAGGCGGCUUUUGAAAUUGCGACAAUCACUGAACAAUACCUUAAAGUGUCUCCGGCAACAUCCCCCUGCAAAGUCUCAGAUAAGAUGUCGCGUCGAUGGAACGGGAACGUGCUGGCGCCAGAGACCACGACUUUGUCCGAGGAUCUGGCUGCAAAAUACGCGUUGAAACUGAGAGAGAUGAACGAUAUAUGCAUGCAGGGCUCGGGCUAUAGGAUAAAUGUCUUGGAUUAUACGCAAGAUAUCGACCAUUGCAGCAGUAAGACCGACCCUAUUGUAGAAGAUCCAGUUCCUAUGUCAACUCAGAAUGGCUUGACUCAACUACCAUAUCAAGCCCUGCAAGCACAGCCAGCGCACAACUUUCAAGGUAGUGGAAGGCCCGUGGAGAACCAGCCAAAUGGGGACCUCAUCAAUGCCGCACCAGCCAUGACGUUACCUUGGCCUUCAUCCCCACUACAGCUCCCCAGAAAACCUAACGAACACCGCCCGACAAUGUACGGGAAAGAAACGUACUCUCCAGGGAAAGACCAAGCGCCCUGCGACCUGAGUGCUAUCUCACAGGUGUUGCAGAGCCAUCAAUUUAUGGAUUUGGACCGUAUCAUCAAUUUCGACAACGGAAUAUUCAGUGCGAAUCUAGAUCAUUCU